GACAUAGCAGUUUUCAGUGCCGAUUUUCUUUCCGGAUCGGAUUUUCCCGAGGAAAAUCACAAUUCGACCUCGUUUUCUCAAUCGAUCUGUUAAUUACUGUUUCUGUUGAUGAGAAAUAAUAAAAGAUCGGCAGGAUAACUGAGCAAGACAGUUGUUGAGUGUUGGAGUCAUUGGAUGGCUGUACCAGGAUCAUGCACAAAUUAACGGUACCACUACUAUUCCUGGCCUACCUCCAUCUCACUCUAGCUGCCAAACCGGAGAAACCCCAACUUUCAAAACUUGAAGAUUUCUCAUCGAAAUCCGAUGAUAAAACUACCAAAACUUUUGACUCCUAUCUCCCGCGUAAAGUAGACUGGCCCGGAAAAAGUUUGAGUCCUCCUCCACCUCCUAGAAAACUUGGCGCCCCACAGCCACCCGAAAAACCACCAGCUGAUGAGUUUCCUGUCCGCUUGAGUGUUGAUGAGCAUCCUCUGCGCAAGGACAGCGAGCCGCUCAAAAGGAACAUUGUCAGCGAUUUUGAUUUGGACGCUGAUAACUCUUGGAAUUAUUAUUAUGGUUCAUAUUGGCCCUACUACAGUUACUACUAUAGAUACUGGCCGUAUUACUACUAUGGUCUUGGAUAUCGUUACAGAUAUGUGCCCCACUACAACAAGUACUGGAGCAAAUGGAGUAACUAUUAUUCGUAUCCCUACUAUUCCUACUAUGACAGCUACUAUGAUGAUGAUUACGAUUGGUAUAGGAGACGUUGAGCAAUGCCGACAUAUCAUUACAAAUUAAACAUCUUCAAAGAUAUAAUGCUGGUUUUCUCAUUAAAUACCUUGAAUCUUGUCUUGUA